AUGGCACCGCCGACUGCAGCGUCGGCGUCGCUGACGCGCGACAACAUCAAGUUCAUGGCCAUCGCGCGCGCCACGGACAAGGUGGUCGUGGCCUGCUACAUGCACUCGUCGGACGGCAAGCCCGCGCGCGGCGGGGAGGCCGAGAUGAACACGUUCAAGGAGAUGCUGGGCAAGGUGAUCCGCGCGCCGACGUGGAAGACGCAGGUGACGCCCAACGGCCGCCACUCGCUCGAGUGCGACCCCAACAAGUUCCACUUCACCAUGAACAACGACGAGCUCGUGUUCGCCGCCAUCACGGCCAAGGACUACCCCAUCCGCCUGGCCUUUCAGAUGAUCUCGGCCGUGCAGCAAGAGGUCGUGCCCAAGUUCGGCUCCAAGGCGCUGACCUGUCGAGAGAACGGCCUGGACAAGGACUGCGCCAAGCUGUUCGCGUCCAUCGCCGCCAAGUACGACGACCGCACCAAGGUGGACAAGCUGUCGGAGGUGAUGCACCAGGUGGACGGCGUCAAGACCGUCAUGCACAACAACAUCCAGGUCGUGCUGUCCAACACGGAGAAGAUGGAGGUCGUGGAGCAGAAGACCAACGACCUGAACGAGCAGGCCAAGGUCUUCCGCAACACGGGCCGCAAGCUGCGCCGGCAAAUGUGGUGGAAGAACGUCAAGCUCACGAUCCUGCUCACCGUCUGCUUCAUCCUCGUGCUCCUCAUCAUCCUCGCAGUGCUCGGCAGCUCACGUAGAUUAACGGCCGACUUGACCAUGGCGACGACCUCGGAGCCCUCGGCGACGCAGCAGGAGCUGGAGCAGACGCUGACGGACCCGCGCUACCUGCGCGGCGUGGCGCUGCUCAAGGACAAGCGGCUGGAGGAGGCGGUGGUGGCCUUCGAGGACCUGCUGCGCACCAUGUGCGAGGCCGAGGGCAAGGCCGACUCGCUGGCGGUCGCGCCCGUGUACUACGAGUACGGCCACGCGCUGCUGAGCCUGACGGAGGCCACGGCCAGUCUGUUCGGCGGCGCCGUGGAGGGCGCGGCCAACGGCGGGGGCGACGACGGCGAGCAGGACGCGCGCGAGGCCGCGGACGACCUGGAGGCCGCCUGGGAGGUCAUGGAGCUCGCGCGCGUCAUCUACUCGCGCUUCCCGGGCGACAAGGCGGUGGAGACGCAGCUCGCGCGCGUGUACACGCGACUGGGGGACUUGGGGCUGGAGAGCGACCAGUUCGAGCAGGCCAAGAGCGACUUCGAGAAGGCUCUGCUGCUGCGCCGGAAGCUGCUCAAGGCCACCAAGGCCGAGGACACGACGCAGCUGGCCGAUCUCUACUGCCAGCUGGCCAUCGCCUGCAUCUACAGAGACUCCUCGGCCGACAAGGAGAAGGAGGGCGAGAAGGAGGCCGUGCCCAACGAGGAGCUCUCGCACUACGUGAUGGCGGGGCGCGUCAUGGCCGAGAACCUCCACCGCGUGGCCAACAAGUGCGGCGAGAAGCUGCUCAAGUUCGUGGACGAGCGCGUGCCGGCGUACACUGUGGAGGACGAGGAGGCGGCGGAGCCCAAGGGGAAGGGAAAGAGGAAGGCCCCGUCCGCGGGUGAGGACGCGACGCUGAGCUUGGAGUUCAAGGGCGAGCGCGUGAAGGCGGAGGAGAAGGACAAGCUCAAGGAGGACGAGAAGACGCUGCUCGAGUACUUGGAGAUCUACUUGGAGCUGAAGGAGAAGGUGGACGGCAUUAAGGAGACGAUCGCCGGAGCUGUGGCCAAGGAGGCCAAGGACGAGGAGAAGGCCGUCACGACGAUUGGAUUCGGACAGACGGGCUCGUCCGCUAGCGCUGCCCCUGCAGUGAAUGUGAUCCCCGUGGUGAAGAAGCGGAAAACGGAGGCACCCGUAGAGAAGGCCGAGACACCGGCGGACAAGACGGAGGAGAAGACUGAGAGCUCUGCACCCGCCGACAGCAAUUAA